AUGGGAACCUCAUCUUCCGAGAAUAAUAAUUCGGCGACGGAGAGAGCGGGUAGAACGGGUUCGUCCUCGGUGACGGAGCGGAAGAACCGAUUGGCCGCGUUGGCGUACGGUGGCGCUAAGGUGAGCCUGAUCGGUAAGGAGAAGCGCAGAAGGAGACGGUCGGUGGAUGUGCCGAGCACCCGUGCUGAGUCAACGAAGGAUCCGCCAGGGGUGACCGACGCGACCGCGGAGGGACCGUCCCAUCGGCCGAGACCGCCGUCCACUCGGAGCUCGGGAGACCAUGGUGACAAGAUCUCUCUGAGGCAGGCGGCGUAUCGGGCGAUCUCCACGCGAGCUCGUGCGGUCGAGAAGGUUCGCGAGGGGCUCCGGGAGCGGGGCAGGCUUCACUCAUCUCCAACCCCGCGGCGAGACGCAUCGGCAGUGGAGACUCCUUCCUCUUCUCCUCUUCCACCGGCGCCAAUCGUGACGGUAGAGGAGCUUCCCGCGGGUUCCCAAGAAUCUUCUGCGCGAUAUGAUCCGAUUUACGUGGAUUCGAGCGACGAGGACGCCCCGCAAAAGUACUCAGAUGACGAGGACUUCGAGGUCGAGGAGGUCGAGGAUGAAGAGAUCGAGGUCGAGGAGGAGGAAGAGCCGCCGCCGGUGUUAAAUUACCGAGCGCCUCCCCGCGAAUCUCCCCUCAAGCCGGUGACGCCGGUAACUCCGACCGUGGAACCUGUCGCUUCAAACGAAACCAAGGAGGAGGCGCCUAGGAACGCGCACCGUUGGGGCGUCCUGUCGGGGACGACCUCCUCGACCCCGAUACGAAGCGCGAUGGCGGCUCGACAAGAUGACACGCUGCCAGCAACGUCGCGUUUCGUGUCGUUACCGUCGUUGAAACCUCGACAGCCGCAGCCGCGAUCGUCCAGCCGACAUGAUGGAUCGAACGAAUCAUCGCCUCCGUCAAAGCAGCUCGUGAAUGAGAAGCUUCCCCCGCUCUCUGGCAGGGGAACCCCAACCUCUGUGCUGAAGAACCAGUUGGCUGCCGUGGCUUAUGGGGCGAUGGCGUCGCGAUCGUUGGCACCGACGCCACCGUCGGUCAAGCUGCCCGCCCCACCGACAGCGCCUCGGGAGCCGGGAUCUCAGCAGGGAGUUCGUGCGGCACGGGUGCAGCAGAGCACCAUGAUUGCAAAUGAUAUCUACGAAGAUUUCAAGAAAGGAUUUGUUCCGUUGCGGGAAUUGGUAGCGCGGAAGAAAGCUGCCGAGAAGAAGGCCCUGCCCCAAAGAAAGCCCAGCAGCUUAGGAAGAAAUCUCUGGAUGGUCGCCCUGUCCGCAGUGAAGUGGAAGAGCUGGGUGCGACGCUCGAGAUCGGAUGGCGUUGCAUCACCUCGCAGGAUAAAGUCGCCCGUGCGACUGCUCUCACCGGUGAGAUCCAAGAUGCGCAAGGACGAAUGGGCCCGAUCGCUGGAUCGUGAAAGGAAACGGAUGAGUCUGACAACCCAUCGAUCGGAGAGCAACACUUCGCGUGAAUUCGCUGUCGUCAGACCCGGGGCGUUUGGGUCUGAACCCGAGCCAGUCAGUCUCGGCACAGCGGCGGCGGAUAAUCGCGCCGCUGCUGCAUACUCCAAGACACAAAUCAAGAUCCUGACCAAACGCGACAUCAAUCGAGCAGGGAAGGACAAAGACGCGAAGAUUGAGACGCCAAGGAGUAGCGCCAAGGUGGUUGCUACGCCUCCGCAGUGGAUUAAGAACCCUCUCGCGCACUCUGCUGCUGCAGCGAGGAGGCGCAGAUUUUUGACCGAGAUGGCUGCUGCUGACGCAGAUCCGGAGCUAUCUCGUCCGUCGUCUCGCGCACCGACCAGACCGUCAUCACCGAAGCUUGGAAAACGUAAUGAGACUCCAUUGGAUCGCCUCCGUGGGGCUGUCAAGCGCCUGAUGGAACAUAAUCGGAACAUGAAGCGGAAGUCUCUGCAGAGCCCGCAAAAGAGGACGCCCGAUCGCGUGCGUGAUGCCCAACAGCGCGCGGAGUGGGCGCAACGGAUGCACACGGAGGAUCAGGCGGCAGCGAGGGCGGCGGAGCAUCUCAGGAGAAAGGCUGACAUGCAGUCUUCCGCUUACGUUAGGCCUGGAGCGUUCGGGUCGGAAGCUUCUCCCGUACAGAUGGGUGUCGCCGCCGCCAAUCAGAGGGCAACAUCUGCUUACUCCAUGCUCACAAAGAAGCCGACACCACGCAAACUCACCCUCUCUCCGAUUGCAGAAACGAAAAAGCCGGCGGAUUCACCGCCACCGCCGAAAGAACCUAUCGCGUCUCCGUUGACUCAAAAGCUGGUCGAGCGCGCAAGACGGCGCGAAGCUCAGCUCAGGAGGCAACGACGAAAGUCCAAGCCGAAGAGAAAGGGUUUCAAAUCAACAUCAGAUUCAUCUGUCCAAGGUGACGAGGCCGCUUUCUCGGCAGGCGACAUGCGCGACAUCGAGGCGCAAUACCGAUCGCAGGCGCGCGAAAGGCCGGGGCAAGGUAGGGCAGGCGUCAAACGGGGAGUCAAAUCGGAAUGGGCGAUGUCUCUCGAACGAGAGAUGCGGAUGCAGAACGAGGCGCGACUGCGAGAGGAGGCUCAAAAGAGAGAAGCGUCGCCAGAGCACGUUCCACGGGUACCUGGAGUCUUUGAUGCCACUCUCACUCCCGUGGAGCUGGGCACGAAAGCGGCAGCCAAACGGGCGGCGGCGGCUUACACGACGAAGCGACGACGGAAGAAGCCCGAGAAGGACGACGAUGAUGCGUACUCACUCAACUUUGACUCUGACGAGCUCUCCGAGGAUUUUGACUCGGACUGGGAUGACGACGAGGUGUACCUGUCGGCCGAGCUCGACGCUCACUUCGACAACGUGUCACCGAUUAUCAGACAGCCGUCGGUAUCGCCCGAACCAUCUCUUCACAACGCCUUCGUGAGAGACAUCGCCACAGAUGUCCUUCGCGAUGCGUGCGAGGCAGCCGCGCUGGACCUCGCCGGCGAAGUGCUCCGCGAGGCUCGGUUGUCCGCCGCGUUGGCCGACAUUCUCGGCGAGGUUUCCGCCGCCGCCGUAGAUGUCGCUGAAUUGGAUUCAGCGUUCGCCCACGACAUCAUUUACUCAGCCCUCGAUCUAUGCGAUAUCGAAGAGACCGUGUUACAGACUGUGUACGACUGUGCGGAUGACGCGGCGGAUGCGGUGGAGAUUGACGCCGUCGUUUUUGGUCAGAUGGAACGGGCAGUUCAGGCGUGUGAGCUCGAUGAUUUCAUUCUAGAUGUCGUCUACGACAUAGUAGACACCAUUCCGACGACAAGUGAGCGGUGGAAGGAGGACAUGGCGUUCGAGGCUGCAGCUGCGGAGAGGAUGGCGUUCGUGACAAAGCUGAAGGACAAAGCCGCGUCUGAAAAGGAGAAGGAUCGUCCCACGAGCCGUUCAACAAGUCGAGCGUCCACCGAAAUGGAGGAGCUGCAACAGAAGUUGGACGCCCUGCGCGAGCAGCACAAACAAGCGCAUGAGAAUAUCCAUGAGAAGCGGAGGUGGGGAAGGUACCUGGAACACACGCCCAAUCACAUGCUUCGCGACCGCAAGUUCACCCUGGAACAGAGCGAGAGCAUUUGGGACGAGGAGCCCGCGGUGGCGCUGCGCUACCGCAAGAACCCACUGUACGAUCCGAUCUUGGAGACCAACGACGACAUCCUGGAAUGGGAACCCAACGAACCCGUUGCAUUCGUCCCGCCCGAGAGCGUCGCGGACCCCGAUGAGAGCGUGGAUGACCUGGAGGAGGUGACCCCCGAUCCCCGUCGCCAGCGCGCGAUGGCCCGGGAUGAACUCGCCGCGCGGGCGUACCGACAGAAGCAGCAGCUCGUUUCAUCGCCCAGGGCCACGCCGACGAAGCGGACAAAACUCAAGGAUGGACUGCCCACGGGCUUGGCGAUCAAACGCGCCGAGCGCGCCGAGCGGAUCGCCGCGAAGACACGGAUCGCGCACGAGAAGGCGUUGCUGGCGCAGGGAAAACGGCCGCCAUCCCCGCAACCUUGGGAGGAUGACGAGCUGGAGGCAGAUCUGCACGAGAUGUUCGAGGAGGAGAGGCGAAUCAGGGAAGCCGAGCUGGCCGAGCAAGUGGCGGAGCAGCACGCGGCCGCGCGUAAGAUUCAGGCAAUGCACCGCGGCAGGAUGGCUCGUAAGCAUGUCCAGGCGAAGAGGGCUGAGGCAGUUGCCAGGGCGCAGGCUCCCGAAGACUCCCCGGGAUCCUCACCCGGGCAAGAGAACCACAGCCCGGGCGGCAAGAAGAAGCGCAAACCCAAGACGACUUCUCGAACCAAGGUAACUUCUCCCCUUGAGUCCGUGUACUCCGCCUCCGGCAUAAGAAGGAAGGUGGGAAGGAGCUUAGCUUAA